GUCUGUCGUAGAUUGUCGGUUAAGUCACUAGUCAGACUUGGGAAAGGUAGUCGAAAAGCCUUCGAAACACAGAGGUCAAGUUGACCAUAAAAGAAGACCUUUGUCCCGUCCGAAUGACAACCUUUUUUUCUCCUCACCACCAACAACCAGUUCAAUCUUCAAUCACUCUCAAGCAUCUCUCACUCUUCCACUUUUCGCUCUCUCAGCACCACUUUCGCUCUACUACACAUUUCAGUCUUCACACUUCUUUUUCAAGAACCACCACCAACCACCCCCAACAAUCAAAAUGCAGUUCACCAUCGCCACCAUCAUUGCCUUCGCCGCCGCCGCUCAGGCCGGUCCUCUCGCCAUCCGCGAUGUCUGCAACUCCGCCCCCUCCGGGCCUACUACCGCCAACGUCGAGCCCCGCUCUCAGCCCGCCGCCGCCACCGCGGACGCCUGCCAGAAGCUUUGCGAGGCUGACUCCGGCUGCCAGUCCUUCGUCUUCGGCCUUCCUCCCUCCGGCACCACCCCUCUCUGCUACCUCUACGCCGUCCCGGCCUCCCAGGUCCCCAAGCAGUCCAACACCAACCUGAUGGUCUUUGACAAGGCUUGCACCAGCGUCCCCACCGCCGCUCCCACCCAGUCCAACACCGGUGCCAACAACGGCAACACCGGCUCUAACACUGGUGCCAACACCGGCAACGCCAAUACCGGCAGCAACAACAACGGCGAGCAGCCCAAGAAGCGUGCCAAUGUCUGCGGCGCUGCCCCCGCCGGCCCUGCGACCAGCAGCCCCACCCCUCUCCUGAGCCGCGAGGACAUCACCACCCAGGACGCCUGCUUGGCUCUCUGCAAGCAGACCACUGGAUGCCAGGCCAUCGAGUUCGGCAAGCCCUCUGCCAACGAGCCGGUCCAGUGCCGCCUCUUCAACGUCCCGGCUUCCAGCCUGCCCGCUCCCACCAACGGCCAGACCUUCGUCGCCUUCGACAUUGGCUGCUAAAUGCAUACACGUGCAUAGCAUCACAACUUCCCUCUCGCCUAAUUUUUCUUG